CCUGCAUCUCACCUGAACUCCUCCUGAGUCUCCAUUUCAACCUUCAUCUUAGGUAGCCUUCUGGAUUGAGAGUCAGUGUAUGGUUGAUGACUGCAAUUCAUCCCUCAGAAUUGAUGGUGGAAGAUAGUGUGAUUUCUUUCAUUCUGGAUCUGGUGAUGUACUUCAUUAACAGCCCUAUUUGAUUUCACUGUGGUAAAGAAGCCUCAAGACUUGGCUCUGCUCCAUCUUGUGCCAACCUCAACAAGAAUGUUUAGUCUGAUGUUGUGAAGUGCUCCUGAGAUACGUCCCAUUGUUUUGGUAUCAGACUGUUCCCUUUAUACCAGUGGAUUGACACUUAAGACUCUGUCUGGACUCCUAAGAGCUUUUGGAUAAUGUUUGGCCCUGGGCAGCUGGUCUCCACUCUUCUACCUGCAGUCUUCCACUCCUCCGCAGCUCACUUAUUCCCUGCGUUCCCCACCAGACUGGGCUCCCCUCCACAGAUCCUGAUCCCUGGGCCCCUGAUCAGCUAUGAGUCCCUGCGGAGUUACUUGCAACCAGAGCCCUGCAAAGAGGCUCUGUUCCUGGCCACACAGGCAGCUGGGAUGGGGCAGUUCACGGCCAGCAUGGAUGAACAGAGGCCAGUGAAGCAACGUCGUGCUCGGGCCAACUACAGCAGCUGUCAGCUGGAGGAGCUAGAGAAGACCUUUGAGAACACCCACUACCCUGACGUCUUCAUGAGGGAAGCUCUGGCCCUCAGACUGGACCUCAUCGAGGCCAGAGUGCAGGUGUGGUUUCAGAACCGCCGGGCUAAGAUGCGGAGGCAGCUGAAGUUGCAGGGCCAGCUAGGAGAGCCCUUUCUCAGGAAGGACAAUGCAGAUGACACAACAGACAAACCCAACAAGAGCUUACCGGAGCUAGAGAGCUCUGACGGCGAGCACUGGGAGAGGAGGCAGGAGAAAGGAAGCUAUCCCUGGACUAAAGUACCUCGUUCUGCUGUGAUGACCACCAUGAUUCAGGGGCCAGCAGGGGAAUGGGAGGGGAUGGAGGGGCCCAGUCCAGAAGAGUUCCGCUGCUGUAGCAUUGCCAAGCUGAGGGCCAAGGCCAGGGAGCACGAGGCUGAGAUCCAUAGCACUGUGGCCAGGUCAGGAGGAGAAGAGACAUCAGCACUGCAGACACAAACACAGAACACUGACGACAGAGAGAGCAACUGAUAUGACUCUUUCUCUCUGCAUGGCUUUUGCAAACAGGUCCCUAAGACCUCAUCAUGGUUGAGGCAACUUGACUAAAUACCCCAUCCUUGGUUUUAUUCAUUCUGUUAUUCAAUGAGGAUAUGAACUAACAUUUAGAAAAGGUGCUGAUUUUUUGUUUGGUAUUAUAUAAAUGUAUUGUGUUUUGAAAUGCCAUUAUUUUUCUGUACUGGACAUCUUUUUCUAUCAACAAUCACGCUAAAUUUGUAUUUUAAAUGCUCAGACUAGGAAGAGGUGAAUAUAUAGUAUAUCCAUAGUAACAGCUUAUAAAUGUAUAGUAUAUCCAUAGUAACAUCUUAUAAAUGUAUAGAAUAAACGUCUUAUAAAUAUAUAGUAUAUCCAUAGCAACAUCUUAUAAAUAUAUAGUAUUUCCAUAACAACAUCUUAUAAA